AUGUAUAGAUUCGACUUUCGAAAUCCCCAGCACUGUGUUUUUGAUACUCAUCACAAAUGUUCACUGAAAGCCUUCACAGUCAAUAAAGAUAUCACAAGGGAUCCUAUUUACAUUGAAUGGGAUGGAUGGAGUGACGUUCUUUCCGGAAUAGAAAAAUACAUCAUCGAGAUAUAUCUUUUAAAGCCAAAUCAGAAUGUAAAUCCAAUUUUAUCUGAACCAGAUCCAUGGAGUCCAAUGAACACAUUAAUAUUCAACAGUACAGCGAGAGGAUACAAUUUUGUUUUUCUAAUACCUGGAAUGUAUUCCUUGAUACUGAACGUCGUCGAUAAAGCUAAUAACUCUGAAUAUGCACGGAAGCUGGUUUUGUACGACAACACUUCAUCCAUCUCUAUAGAUAAUUCAUCUCCGAUGAUUUCAACAAGUGCUGUUAAAGAGACGAAUUACCAGUGGCAGAAUAACUUGACCAAUGAUAUAUCAAUUUCUUGGGAAGGACAUUUUAGAAACAAAUUCCAUGAAAACAAUAAACUUCUAAAUCAGGUUACAGAUUUCAAACAUUUUGAUCAUGAUAAAGGGAUUCAAAAAAUUGUUCAUGAUGUAUUAGAUGACAACGACGGAGAAAGAACACUAAACGCUAUACCAAAUGUUCAUGGAAUCGUUAAAUUUGAAUAUGCGUAUGGGAAUGCAAAUCAAGGAAACCAAACGCCAACAAAUUGGCAGAUUAUAAUCGAUUUAAACCAGACAGUGUCUUUCUUUGUUCAAAGACAGAAUGGAGAUACCCUAAACGUAUGGAUCAGAGCUACUGAUUCCGUGGGUAAUUCAGACAGUGAUAUCAUGCAUGUUUACUUCGACGAAACACCUCCAACAGCCUUGACAAAACGCACUGUCGAAUUCAAACCCAAUUUGAAUAAUUCUGUGUUUUCCUUUUCAAGUCGGUAA